CAGACUUGCAAGCCUCGACGAAACCCACUGACAGAGUUACCAAAGCACGGAAGAUAAAGAAGCAUGGGUCGCCAGGUUUAAAGCACUGCAUUGGCCGGGCUAAGCGGCUUACCAUUGAAGCAGUUCAACAAUUGCAGGCCGAUUGCAGGCCAUGUGGGCCAGGCGUUUAGGCCGAGCAACCCCAGCACUUGCUUGUGGAUGCUUGGGAUGGUCAAGUUACAAUCAAGUGCACUGCGAGACUGCGCCUAGCUUCACUGUGGGUUCAUACAACGUGCCUCCCCCUCAGCAAGAGUCCGAUAGCCCAAGGAACUCUAGGAACUCGACCUAUUCACAGAAUCUGCAGGUUAUGCACGACCUAUGCUCUCAAAUGGAAGGAGCUGCAGGGCAUGGACGCCAAUGGCAAUUCGAAUUGGUCUUUGAGGUGGCCUGUGAUGAGAGACACUUUGUUGAAUUGAGAAACAGAAGCUUCUCCACAUCCAUUUCUGGGCGGGCUAAGGACAUUCUAAGGCGAGCGCAGCUUGAUGUGAUUUGCCUUCAGGAGGUGGAAAAGACUGAUGUUGAAAGGAUCGUGGCUGAUCUUGGGCCCGAGUACACAUCGCAUUACUUCAAGCAUCCGGAAGAAGGACGUCCACCAGACGGUCUUCUCAUAGCGGUGAAGACCUCAUGCACUUGUGCUUCUCCUUCUUGGUCACAAUGCGACUUCAAAGGCAAAGUGAUCUUUGGAGGUGUGAAUUUUCAGCUCGCCAAAAGCGGUGCUCGAGUUCGGGUGGUCAAUGGCCAUAUGAGAGGCGGCAACCAAAAGCAGCUCGAUGCCUUCGCUGCUUUCGGAGCGGAGGGUGAUGCACAAAUUGAGGUCAUAACAGCUGAUUUCAAUGAAGACUUUGAGGAGAGAAGCGAAGGUGCUGUCUUUUGCCCAUUUAAAGGACAGUAUGUGACCCUGCGACGGUCGCCCGACCUCCCUCAGGUCUCCAGGCCAGGCAACAAACAGGCUCAAACCCCAGGCCAAGGCUUAAAGAUUGAUUACAUCUGGGUGCGGGAGCGUUCACAGGACUAUGAGGCUCAACUUUCCUUCGAUGAUGCCUCUAGAAGAGCCAUUUUGGAAUCCCACAAGAAUUGUGAAGCUACAGGACAAUGGCCUAGUGACCAUGGUUGCGAAGCGCUCAACAUUCGAGUGCUACCAAGAAGAUCCUGGUGGCAGUUCUGGAAGUGAGAGACUGCGAGGUCAAAACACAGCGGGC